AUGAAACGUAAUCAUUCUGGAUCAUUAUUAAAUUAUUUUAAAGUUGGGUCACACACCACACCUGCAGAAGUCCAAAAAGGAUCAGUUGCUAUAGACAGUUCAUCGGCAAUAAAUAAUGAUGCUACAGCUACAUCAAAUGAAUGUAAUGUUCAACCAAAUGACGGUAAUAACAUAGUACCAAAAUAUGAUAUAUCUUUAUAUGUAAACAAAAAAAUUAGUGACCAUGAAAAAAUUAAUUUUAUUAAAAAUAUGUGGGUUCCCGAUAAUAGUUAUACUUUUAAAACUCAACAAAUAGGUUCUCAAAAUAGAAAAUUUAAUCGAUUUUGGUUAAUAAAAUAUAAAUGGUUGGCUUAUUCGAAUUUGGAAAAUAGUGUCUAUUGUAAGAUGUGUGUUUUAUUUGCCCCUUCAAAUGCUGGCCACUGUUCUUCGCAAGCGCUUAAUCAAUUAGUUAAAACAGGAUACAAUAAUUGGAAAAAUGCUUUAGAACGAUUUGAAAAACAUUUACUUUUAAACUAUCAUAAAGAUGCUACUUUAAAAUAUGAUACUUUUAUUGAUAUUAUGAGUGGAAAAUUGUUACCAAUCAAUAAACAAAUUGAUAAAGAUUCACAAAAACAAGCCUUAGAGAAUUCGGAGAAACUUAAACCAAUUAUAAAAACAGUAAUUUUAUGUGGGCGUCAAAAUUUGUCUUUAAGAUCGCAUGAAGAUUAUGGAGUUUUUGAUACAAAAAUAGAGCCCAAUAAAAAUGAGGGUAAUUUCCGUGCUAUAUUAAGGGCUAGAAUAGAAUCAGGUGAUGAAAAUUUAAAAAAGCAUUUUGAAACUUGUGGUAAAAAUGCUACUUAUAUAAGUUGGAAUAUACAAAAUCAAAUUAUUGAAGCAUGUAAUGAAAUAAUUAUUCAAAAACUAGUCACUAAAAUCAAUAAAACUUGGCAGAUGUUCUUUUAG